UGCCAGCCCAGGCGAGACGGAGUAAACGAACACAGAUCACGAUCACAUUCUACCGUUAGCAGACGAUAUUCACAGGUCGGGACAAACAUACAGGAUAUCGAGACUGCAUGAAAAUGGCGUGCAAGCUUCUACAAAAUUCUCGAGUUGUCAUUCUAGAGGGAUUUAAAUCCAGAUCAAGAAAAUUCUCGACAUCCCUAAAUGCACAGAAAAAUUAUAAACUUGUCGUCGUUGGUGGAGGGUCUGGAGGUUGUGCUGUCGCUUCCAAAUUCGUGAAAAAACUUGGAGCAGGGAACGUGGCAGUGAUUGAGCCAAACCAGACCCACUACUAUCAGCCAAUGUUCACACUGAUAGGCGGAGGGAUCAAGACUCUAUCAGAUUCGGCACGACCAAUGAAAUCCGUCCUACCAGCUAAAUGUGAUUGGAUUCAAUCAAAAGCUGUCAACUUUGACCCUGUGGGUCAGAAGGUCACUACAGCCAGUGGAGAAGAGGUUGGUUACGACUACUUGGUAGUUGCUAUGGGGUUACAGCUGAACUUUAACAAGAUCAAGGGGCUACCAGAAGCAUUUGACCUUGACCCUCAGGUUGUAUCAAACUAUUGGACAAAGACAGUUGUGAAUACAUACCCAGCAAUACAGAAAUUCAAGGGAGGUAAUGCCAUCUUCACCUUCCCCAACACGCCUAUCAAAUGUGCUGGAGCUCCCCAGAAGAUAAUGUAUCUGGCUGAGGAACUUUUUAGAAAGAACAAAACCAGACAAGAUAGUGAAGUAAUAUUUAACACUGCACUUGGUGUAAUAUUUGGUGUCAAGAAAUAUGCAGAAAGUUUGCAGAAAAUAGUAACAGCAAGAAAUAUCAAAGUUAACUAUAAAAGAAACCUUGUAGAAGUGCGAGGUGCAGAGCGUGAGGCUGUGUUUGAGAAUCUCGACAAGCCAGGAGAAAUGGAGGUGUUUAAGUAUGACUUGCUGCAUGUGACUCCGCCCAUGUCCACUCCGGACGAGUUACGUACCAGUGCCAUCGUGAAUGAAGCAGGGUUUGUAAAUGUGAACAAGGAAACAUUACAGCACACAGACUAUCCAAAUAUCUUUUCCAUUGGUGACUGCAACAGUGCACCUACAUCCAAGACAGCUGCUGCAGUAGCGGCCCAGAGUGGAGUGUUGGAGCGUAACUUGUCAGCAGUGAUGAAUGGAGCAAAACAGUCAGCACAGUAUGAUGGCUACACCUCGUGCCCACUGAUCACAAGCCGAGGUAAAUGUAUCCUGGCCGAGUUUGACUAUGACGCUCAGCCACUGGAAACUUUUCCAGUAAACCAAGGAAAAGAGCGAUCUUCUAUGUAUCACCUGAAGGCCAGCGUUAUGCCUGAACUCUACUGGAAAAUGCUUCUCAAGGGCAACUGGAAUGGACCGGGUGUAUACAGAAAAUUGAUGAGGUUCGGAAUGGGAUCAUCAGGGAAAGCGUGAAACACUCCGGACAACCUUCCAACUGUUGAUGCUGUUUUAUUGACUUUUGAAAUUAAUUGCCACCUUUGUUAUUUUCCAACCUUAUAAAUAGGUAAAAAAAAGCGAUUUGUAUAGAUGAGUAAAAUAAAUGUGUAAAAUAAAUGUGUAAUAUAAAAUCAGCACUGGUAAUUGUUCGGUUUACUAUGUACCUGGGAUACGGGAUGUAGGACAUAGCAUUUAGAUGUCAAAAUUAAAUGAUUAAAUGUUAUUAAUCUUAGCAUUUGUCCAACCUUAAAUCCUUAUUUUUGUUAGAUUUUACAGCAGAUAAUCUUGUUUAACCAAUCCAGAUCUUAUUUUGUUAUAUGAGCUGUUAUGCCUUGUGUUCUGACCUGUAAAUGUGUUUCCAAAAUGGUAAAAAUCUGUUGAAGUACAUAGAAUUUAGCUGAAAUGCUUUUGGUUUUUAUUUUAGAUGAUACAACUAGUCGCUUGAUGAGUUUAAUUAGUCGGGAAUACAACAAUAACCAAGGCGAAUUUGUACUGCUAAGGUUAUAAGAGCUGAGAGGCUAAAGUUGUAAUUUGUAUACUGAAUACAUGUACCAAUCAGAACAUAUAACAUAUGUUAAGGAGUAGAAAUUAAAUUUUAAAUUUAAAAUGCAUUGAAAUCAUGUUUGUUAUGAAUAUGAAUACAACAGGGUCAAGAUUUGAUGAAUCAGUAGACACAACAUACGAAUUGUUAUCAUUUCUUACAGCAUUUCUUCAGCAUUCUGUUUGGACGCCAUAUGAAGAUUUUUACAAGCUUGUGUAUAUCAUGGAGAUAUAAAAGAUUCAGAAAUGAAAGUGCAAGUGAUUAAAUAUGCAGGUUCUUCAAAUUUAUUUUUAUAUUGAUAUAUAUAUAUAUAUAUAUAUAUGUAAGUAUAUAUUUGAGAAAAUUUGAAAAAAAAAAUCAACAAAAACACAAGAAAAUAUAUACUAUGUUAUUAUAUAUUUAUGAUUCAAUGAGUUUCAGUGCUGUUUUUUUCUUUAUUGGAGAAUAGAAAAUAAAAACAAACUAAAGACUGAUUGGAACUAAUGACCUUCACCCCUUACAGGACUCGUUAGGUGUAAAGUCCAUGCUGUAUGAAGUUUUUUACAACUGUGUAUAUGUAUAUAAGAAAAUAAGUGAGUGAUGGAAUGGUUGUGUUAGGUGGUAUUAAUCAGUUUAUAGUGCCAUAGUAAACCCAGGAGGUUAUCUUCACAGUGAAGUCAUGGUUCCAUAUGAGUUUUGUAAAAUUAUUUUAUUUUGUAGGGCUCAAAUUUCUAUGUCUGUAUGAAAAAAAAAUGUUUUUGUAUUUUUUUUUUAUAUUAUGGAUAGAUAGUGCUAUGUAAACAUUUUGGUGGAUUUGUACCCAGGAAAUCACUGGAAAUGAAAACCGACAAAAAUUAAAGAUUUUACUGUAAUUUAUAUACAAAUGUAUGUUUUGUGUAUGCUGUUUAUGUUGCAGUUUUAAACGAAAUGAAAAUAAAUUUUAUGUUGUAUAACAUU